AAUCAUAACCCCACGAUCGCUCCCCUCCCUCCCUCUCUCUCUCUCUCUCUCUCUCUCUCUCUCGUUCGCUUUACGAUCGCCUCAUGUUUGAUUAUUCUUUCCCCCAAACAACAAAGAGAAAAAGGAGAGUACAGAACAGAAGACAUGGGGGGUUCCAUCCGUUCCACGCCAAUCCCAAAUCAAACUUGCAUUUAUUUCUCCCAAUUCCCCGUCUUCUAUUUAUCUUUUAUUCCAUCUCUCGUGUUUCUAUUCUUAUUAUUAUUCUCCCCCAAAUCUCACCGCACAUCGCUUCCUUUCUUUUCUGUUCUUCCUUUUUUCCACGGCUGCUUUUUAUUUUUUUCGGGUUUUCCUUCGCACCUUUUUAUGUUUUUCGGUUGCGUGCUAUAAAUUAAUGCGAGGCGGAACGAAUUAGUUUUAUCUUUUGUUCUUCGCCUCCGUGGAAAGGAAUCCUUUUGUUCGAUCUAGGGUUAGGAGAUGGAGGCCGGGGAUGGAAAGCAGGAGAGGCCGCCGCCGGCGGAGGGCGGAGACAAGCCGCCCAAGCGCAAGAUGAAGACCCCUUACCAAUUGGAGAUCCUCGAGAACACCUACGCCGUGGAGGCGUAUCCGUCGGAGGCGCUGCGGGCUGAGCUUUCGGUGAAGACUGGCCUCUCGGAUCGGCAGCUCCAGAUGUGGUUCUGUCAUCGGAGGCUCAAGGACCGGAAGGUUCAGUCGGCGAGGAAACGGCGGAGGGAGGCGGAGUCAUUGCCGCCGACGCCACCGCCGCCGGUGCUGCCUCCCCAGAGUGAUGUGUUGUCCUCGGAGUCCGGGGGCCUUGGGUUGAGCUCGAGCCCCUACGGUAGCAGCGGGGAGUCGAGGAGGGCAGUUACUAGGACGGCGGCGGCUGUCUCGAGGAUUGGUACAGAGAUGUCAGCUGUUGGAAGGCGGUAUUAUGACGCCCUGUUGCCGCCUCCGCCAACGCACCUCGCCCAUCUGGCCGUGAUGGAGUGCCAGAUACUUGCGUCGGUGGAAGCGCAGCUCGGGGAGCCACUGAGGCCGGAUGGGCCGGUCCUCGGUGUUGAGUUUGAUCCACUGCCACCUGGUGCUUUUGGGGUGCCAAUAGAGACACCAACUCAAGAACAGCAGCCUGUGUGGCCCCAUGGUGGCCAUAUGUUUGAGAGACAUGAUACAAAGAUGGCAUCAAGUUUCUUGUCUAGCAUGGAACAUCGUUUACCAAGUUCAUCUAAAGGGAAGAGAAAAACUGCAGUUGGGGCUUCCCAUACAGUGCGUCUGCAGAUGGGUCCUAGAGCUCUUCAUGAAUAUCAGUUUAUCCCCAAGCAGCCAAGUGUCCGGUCAGAGGCACUUGACAGGGUCUCCCUGUCUCAUUAUCUUGAGUCUUCAUCAGAUGCUCCUAAUACCAAGAUGACAUCUUUACCUUCAGGGGGAAGGUACUUGCAUGUAAAUGACCACGAGGGACCAAGCUAUACUUUUCAAGGUCAAAAUUUGAGUGCCGACCUCUUGACUCAAGAAGGCAGGCAACAAGCUUUUCCUUCGGUCUCAGUGGAGUAUGACAAUUCUCUUGACGGUAACUCCUUUCCAGAUCCUGCAACUGAUGCUCAGUUUGGUAUGGGUGAAGUCCCUGGACUCGAAAACCCAUAUUUGUCAUCUUAUAGGAGAUUGGACAGAAAACGUAAGAGUGAUGAAGUAAGGAUUGCUAAGGAGGUGGAAGCCCAUGAGAAGCGGAUUAGGAAGGAGAUUGAGAAACAAGAUAUCUUGAGGCGAAAGAGAGAAGAACAAAUGCAGAGGGAAAUGGAGAGACAUGAACGGGAAAGAAGAAAAGAAGAAGAACGGGUGAUGCGUGAAAGGCAGCGGGAAGAAGAGAAGUUCCAACGUGAACAGAGGCGUGAAAAUGAACGCAGGGAGAAGUUUUUGCUCAAGGAAUCCUGUAGAGCUGAGAAGCUGAGGCAGAAAGAAGAACUGAGACGUGAGAAGGAGGCAGCAAGACUGAAAGCUGCUCGUGAGAGAGCCACUGCCCGCAGAAUCGCAAAGGAAUAUAUGGAGCUUAUUGAGGAUGAGCGCUUGGAGUUGUUGGAGCUUGCUGCAGCAAAUAAAGGAUUCUCCUCGAUCUUUGCUCUUGACAGUGAAACUUUGCAACAACUUGAUUCAUUCAGGAGUAAGUUGACUGCAUUUCCACCAAGUUCUGUAAGACUGAAAAGGCCGUUUGAGAUUCAACCUUGGGCAGAUUCUGACGAGAAGAUAGCUAACCUUCUUAUGGUUUGGAAGUUUUUAAUCACUUUUGCUGAUGUACUUGGUCUUUGGCCAUUCACUCUUGAUGAGUUUGUGCAAUCUCUCCAUGAUUAUGAUUCAAGACUUCUGGGAGAAGUACACGUUGCUCUACUUAAAUCCAUCAUCAAGGACGUCGAGGAUGUUGCGAGGACUCCUGCUUACACACUUGGGGCUAGUCAAAGUUGCACUGUGAAUCCAGGAGGUGGUCAUCCACAGAUUGUUGAGGGGGCACAUGCAUGGGGUUUUAACAUUCACAGUUGGCAGCGCCAUUUGAAUUACUUAACAUGGCCUGAGAUACUGCGACAAUUUGCUUUAUCGGCUGGAUUUGGGCCACAACUGAAGAAAAGAAACGUGGAACGUGUACAUUUCCGGAACGAGAAUGAGGGUAAUGAUGGUGAGAACAUUAUUUCGACUUUACGGAAUGGCUUGGCAGCUGAAAAUGCUGUUGCUAUAUUGAAAGUAAGGGGAUUUACUCAUCGACGUAAAUCUCGGCAUCGUUUGACUCCUGGAACAGUCAAGUUUGCUGCUUUUCAUGUUCUUUCUCUUGAGGGAAGCAAAGGCCUUACAAUACUAGAAGUUGCAGAUAAGAUUCAGAAAUCUGGAUUAAGGGAUCUAACCACAAGCAAGACACCAGAGGCAUCUAUUUCUGCAGCAUUAUCCCGAGACACAAAACUUUUUGAGAGAACUGCUCCUUCAACAUAUUGUGUAAGAUCCCCUUACAGGAAAGAUCCUGCUGAUGCAGAUGCUGUGAUAUCUGCUGCUCGGGAAAAGAUACAAGUAUUUCAUAGUGCAAUUUCAGACUCUGAGGAAGCUGAGAAGGAUGCAGAAGAUGUAGAUGAUGCUGAAAGAGAUGAAGAUUCAGAAGGUGAUGCUGCUGCUGAACCUGAAGUUGAUGAUGGUGGCAGUGAUGCAAAAGUGGAUAAGCAUGAUCAUUUGACAAGCGAGUUAGAACAUUCUAGGACCUUGAAUUUGUUAGGAAAGGAAAAAGGGGGAGCAAUUGUCAAUGCGGGAAAAGGUCCUCAAAUGCCUUCAGAGAACACGAAAACAUUAAGCACUUCGGGUGUUCCCCAACUUCCUGACAUCAAUUUAAACUGCCGUGAAGCAGGCAAUGGUGAUAUGGAGGACACAGAGAUUGAUGAAAGCAACUUUGGUGAACCAUGGGUUCAGGGAUUAUCAGAAGGCGAUUAUUCUGAAUUGACCGUGGAAGAGCGCCUAAAUGCCCUUGUUGCUUUGGUAGGAGUGGCAACCGAAGGAAAUUUGAUACGCGCUAUUCUUGAGGAACGAUUGGAAGCUGCAAAUGCUCUGAAGAAACAAAUGUGGGCAGAGGCACAGCUUGAUAAAAGACGGUUUAGAGAAGAAUAUUCUAACAGAUUACAAGGUACAGCUUUUGGUGGAUAUAAAGUCGAGGCAACUCUAACUUAUGGUGCAGGAGAGGAAAGUCAAACUCCACUAGACGGUGUUGAUAAGGGUAACAAUGGUAAUCUAGAUGCAAUUAGCAAUGAGCAAUUUCUUGAAACAAAUCAGGUUAAUCUUGGUAAUAUGUCUAUAGGACAACAAUUUACCAGUCCAGAUGUUCUUCCAGUUCAACACUAUGGAUAUGCUAUUGAAAAGUCACGUUCCCAGUUGAAAUCAUUUAUUGGUUACAAGGCAGAGCAACUCCAUGUUUACCGGUCAUUGCCCCUAGGUCAAGACCGCAGGCAAAAUCGCUAUUGGCAAUUUACAACAUCUUCUUCGCCAAAUGAUCCUGGUUCUGGGAGGAUUUUUUUUGAAUCCAAAGAUUGCCAUUGGCUGCUUAUUGAUUCAGAAGAGGCAUUUGAUGCUCUUUUAGCUACUCUAGAUACACGUGGGAUUAGGGAAUCACAUUUGCAUUCCAUGUUGCAAAGAAUAGAGACAACUUUUAAAGAGGCAAUCAGAAGGAAUAAGAAAGCUUUCAAGUCCUCAUUGUUAGUUAGAGAUCAUGUUAAAACAGUGCUGACCAGAACAGCAUCAAGUCCAGACUGCAGUGUGGAACUUGACAGUCCUAGCAGUACCCUCUGUUGUCUUGCUUCUGAUGGCUUGGAGAAUUCAGCAUCUUUCAGAAUUGAACUUGGGCAGAAUGAAUUUGAGAAAAGUGCUGCUCUGAGGAGAUACCAAGAUUUAUUCAGAUGGAUGUGGAAGGAAUGCUAUAAUCCUUGCAUUUUAUAUGCAAUGAAAUAUGGGAAGAAAAGAUGCUCCGAGCUACUUCAUACUUGUGAUUCUUGCUUCCAGUCCUUUUUAGCUGAAGAAAAGCAUUGCCCUUCUUGCCACAAGACAUUCAAGACCUUUCAUAACCCUGAUGCAAUUUUUGCAGAGCAUGUGGCUCUGUGUGAACAGAAAAGAAAAUCAGAUCCUGGUUGGAAACUCCAAGUCUCUGACUCCUCUCUUCCGAUAGGGAUUAGAUUGUUGAAGGCACAGUUGUCCAUGAUUGAGGUUUCAAUUCCAGCAGAAGCUCUUCAGGCUUUUUGGACGGAGGGAUAUAGGAAAUCCUGGGGUGUGAAAUUGCACUCUUCAUCAUCUGCUGAGGAGCUAUUUCAGAUUCUGACUUUGUUGGAGGGUGCAAUAAGAAGAGAUUUUCUGUCAUCAAAUUUCGAAACAACAACUGAACUGCUGAGUUACAACACUCCUGGAGUUUAUACUGACAAUGGUGCUUCUCACUCGGGAUCAGUUCCUGUACUACCAUGGAUGCCUGAUACUUCAGCAGCUGUGGCGUUAAGGCUGUUAGAUCUUGAUUCUUCAAUUUCUUAUAUGCUGCACCGGAAGCUGGAGUCUCAUAAAGAAAAAGGAGACUGUACUAAACUUCAAUCACGGUAUGUCGUUGUCCACAAAAUGCAAGAGGUAGAGCCAAUGGACACAGCUGGAUACGAUGAUCAUGAAGGGAGGUGGCGUGAUUCUGUUAGUGGAUGCAGGGGUCGAGGCAGAGGCAGUGAUGGUAAGAGAGGGCGGGGCCGUGGGCAAGGAGGGAGAAGGUUGAGAGGAAGUGGAAGCUCCUCAAGAUCGGAGCUUAGGACCGAAAAUAUUGAUAGUUUUGAGAAGGCCACAAGGAAGUACACCAGAAGAGGUCGUGGCCGUGGUCGAGGCUGUGGUCGAGGUCGUGGCCGUGGUCGCCGAUCCAGUAGGCCUAGGCAAAGUUCGGAGAAUUGGGUAGAUACAGUUGAUAAAGGUUCUCUUUUGGGCAGCUUUAUAAUUGCAAAUACCAGCACUGAUCAGGCUAGAAUUGAGGUGUCCCCUGAGAGUGCAGGUGAAGAGUGGGCUAUAGGUGAAACUGGAACGGCAUAUGUUGAAGAUGAUGCUAGUGCAGGUUCAGAAUCCGAAGAAAAUGGUCAAGCUUCAGGAGAAGAUUAUGAUGAUCAGGUAAUAUACUCUGCUAGGGAUGACCAUGCUGCCAGCAAGCCUGUAGGGCUAAUUGAUGAUGAAUCUGAAGGAGACAGGGAGAGGGAUGAAGAGGGUGAUGAGGAUGAUGUGGAUUAUGAUGGGAACGACUUGGAUGAUCAUAUGGACGAGGAUGAGAUUGGAGACACUGCAGAGAGAAACACAGACGAAGAUGAUGGUGCAUCAUCAUUUUCUACGGAGUACAGUGAUUAGGGGGACAAGACUUGUUGGGGCAGGGAGCAGUCCUGAUACUGAUUCAAAGCUUUCUCACAGACUUAUAUAACAAAAUGCAUCCACUGGAAAGAGUGAUGGAGUUCACCAUUGAUUUUAUUAGGCAGGUUCCUCAGGCCAAGCUAUUGGGUGACUGCACCAUCCAAAAGUUCUUCAUAUAGUGUUUUAAUAUUCCAUGGUUUUUUUUUUUCCUAUAGAAUUUUGCUUUUGUAUCACCUCGAAGAUCUUGACGUCAGGACCAACUUGGAUUGACGGUUCCGCAAGGAAACAAGGGCGAUCCCAUUCCUACCAUGGUGCUUUUUCGAAUUUCAUUAUCUUGUACAAAUGGUGACUAUAUACGUAGUUGAUCCAAUUUUUUCUUUUUUUCUUUCUUUUUGGGCCAAGUACAAGUGAUCAGGCCAUACAGCAACUGCUGGGUCGUAUGUAUAACAUGUGUAUACAAGAUACAAGCAAGUAAAUGUCGUUGUUGGUAAUUUU